CUUAAACAUCAACACUGUUUUCAACACAGCACCAAACAUAAAACUAUAUGAAGGUCCCUCUCUCCACUUGUUGCAAAGCACUUUUCUAGUGAUGGUAAACGAAGCAGCAACAAAGCGCCAUGGCCGCGUCGUCUCCCUUCAAAGGGAAACCCUUCUCUCUCCCCUCCUUCAACCUCCUCAAAACCCUAAAACCAACGUCUCCAUCGUCGUCGUCGUCCCCACGCGCCUUCCGCUUCUCCUCUGCCGACGCUUACGCCUCCCUCCUCCGCCGCGUCGCCAUGGAUGGGUCUGUACAAGAAGCGCGGCGCAUCCACCUCCACAUGAAGCGCUCCUCCUUCCCCUACCUCGCCCUCGGCAACAAGCUCGUGGACGCCUACCUCAAAUGCGGUGCCGUGGACGACGCCCGCGACGUGUUCGACGAAAUGCCGAAGCCGCACGUAGUGUCCUGGAACGGUAUGAUAUCGUCUUACUCGCGUCUCCGGAGGAGUAGAGACGCUGUGGCUUUGUAUAGGAGGAUGGGCCUUGAGGGUGUCGCCGCCGACGAGUUCACGUUCUCGAGCGUUUUCAGGGCGUUCGCCGAUUUGGGUCUUGUGAAAGAAGGCCGGGGAGCUCACGGGCACAUGGUGGUUUUGGGAUUGGAGGCUAAUAAUGCCUUCGUGGGUAGUGCAUUGGUCGAUAUGUAUGCUAAAUUUCGGAGAUUGAAGGAGGCUCGAGCUGUGUAUGAUAGUAUAAGCGAUAAAGAUGUCGUCUUGGCGACGGCGUUGAUCGUCGGAUACACCCAAAAUGGAGAAGAUGGUGCGGCGAUCAUGCUCUUUGCAGAUAUCAUCGGCGGCGGCAUUAAACCGAACGAGUUCACGUUCGCAAGCGUUCUGAUCGCGUGCGGGAACUUGAGGGAGUUGAUGAAAGGGAAAUCGAUUCACGGGGUUAUAGUUAAAUUGGGAUUGGAGUUUCGGAAUUCUUCGCAGACCUCGCUUCUUAGUAUGUAUUCAAAGUGCGGCCUCGUCGAUGACUCGCUGAAGGUCUUCGAACGAAUCGUGAACCCUAGUAUGGUAACGUGGACGGCUGUCAUCGGAUGUUUAGUAUGCAAUCGCAGAGAAGAGCAUGCUCUCUCGGUGCUUCGCGACAUGAUUCGUGGUUCAGUUGGUCUCAAUGCGUUCACUUUGUCGACGGCUCUUCGAGGGUGUUCAUCCCUCGCUUUGUUUGAGCAAGGGAAGCAAAUCCAUGCCUAUGCUACAAAAAUUGGAUUGGAUGGUAACCUUUAUGUCGGUGCAGCUCUAAUCGAUACGUACGGAAAAUGCGGACGCGUUAGGAUGGCUCGGUCAGUUUUCGAUGAUCUUCCGAGUCGUGAUUUGGUUUCGGUGAACACCAUGAUCAGUUCGUAUGCACAAAAUGGGCACAGCCUCGAAGCUCUUAGAAUGUUCGAUAGUAUGAAGGGCUUAGGGUUGGAACCGAAUGACGCAACUUUCAUCGGCGUUCUUUCCGCUUGUAGUAAUGCAGGACUAGUCGAAGAGGGUCGUCAACUAUUCUCUCUUCUCGGCAAUUCCUAUACGUUCGGACCAUCUCCUGAUCAUUAUGCACGCAUGGUUGACCUACUAGGGCGAGUGGGGAGAUUGGAAGAAGCCGAAGCACUGGUAAGUGAAGCUAAAACCCCAGAUAAAGUUUUGUGGCGGACGCUUCUAAGUGCGUGCAAACUACAUGGUAAAGUAGAUAUUGCAAAGAGGGCUGCGACAAAGGUACUUGAGCUCGACCCAGAAGACGAUGCGACUUACAUUCUUUUAUCGAACAUUUAUGCGUCUUCAGGGCAAUGGAACAAAGUCUUAAGCAUGAAAUGUAGAAUGAGGGGGAUGAAAGUGAAAAUAGAUCCGGCCAUGACAUGGGUUGAGGUGAAUAGAGAGAUGCAUACUUUCAUGGCAGGAGACAAGUCCCACCCGAAGGCGGCGGAAAUAUACGAGGAAUUGGAUGGAUUAAUUGGGAAAACCAAAGAGACAGGUUAUGCUCCAGAUACAAGGUAUGUGCUCCAAGAAUUGGAUGAGUUGGAGAAAGAAAGAUCCCUAUAUUACCACAGUGAGAAGCUGGCUAUUGCAUUUGCCCUACUGUGCAGCAAAAGGAAGGAGAUCGAAUGCAUCGCAAUUUUCAAAAAUCUUAGGGUUUGCGGCGAUUGCCAUUCCUGGAUAAAGCAUGUCACAAAGUCGGUAGGGAAGGAGAUUAUUGCUAGAGAUGCUAAGAGGUUUCACCAUUUCAAAGAUGGAAUAUGUUCCUGCGGGGACUACUGGUGAUUGCGAGAUUAAAUUUUAAAACCAUUAACUGGAUGUUGGGCCAAUUUUUUGUGGAACAUAUCUAUGCAACGAUACACCGUCUCAAGAUGACAAACUUUGGGUCCAUCCGUUGCCGAUGGCGAUAAAGCUGUUGGAUGACGAUAUAAGACAUUUUCAUUAAAACUACUGAAGCACAGACUCCCCGUUUUGCCAUGCUAUUCAUCAAAUGUGUUACUCUUCUAAGGUGGCAUGUCAGAAAAUUUAUACAGAGAAAUCACUGGGGAUCAGAAAACACCAUUUUGGGACCCGACCGAAUAAGCAACAGAGCCCUUAGCAUAGGCUGAUGAUGGAAACGAUUGAUUUCGAUCUGAUAGGCACAUUGGCACAUCGAAAAGCUUGGAAUAUAUUGAAGUAUACGACAGACGAGCAUCAAUCGAUGUUGUAAAGUUUGGAUGUUGGGAUGCUACGUUUUGCUCUAAUACUACGACUCAAAGUAAAACACUUUGAAUAGCUCUGAGCAUUAUUGAUACGAUUGCUUCACUAAGACACUGCGUUCUGUUCAUAAUAUCAAGUAGAAAACUGAACUACUAUAAGUAGCAGGAUUGGAGAAACUGAACUACUUUAAGUAGCAGGAUAGGAGAGAAGCAAUCGGUCGUCAUCAGAAAGAAUACAAACAAUAACUUCCGAAUGAACGAACAAAGUGAUUUUCCGCACACACAUUUAUGAUUAUAACUAACAAAAACAUGAAACGAAAACACAGAGAUGAAGCAAAGAAGAGACUCUUCGAAGAUAACAUAAGCAAAGACUGCCUUCACCGUAACCAUGAAUGUACAUGAGAAGCCACCCCUACUUACUUUCAACUUCUGCUGUAAACAACAAGUGAAGGGCAUGUUUGUAUGCCUUUAGUUGAGCACACGAAAGUUGCGACUCUCACAAAUUCGACUUUGCACCCGACCAGCGCCGUACAAGAACUCAGAGACUUCCUCUCAGCGCA